AUGAUCAAAGCUUUUACGGAACAAGUGAAUAAUACAGAUCUUAAUGCUCCAACAAAAGAUCCAAGAGCCGUUUUCCUUCUCGGAAAUGAAGCCGUUAUUAAUUCAAUGUUGCUGAAUAAUGAUUUUUCAAAUGAACAUCCGAAAGAAGAAUUAUUUGAAUAUCCUGAUUUAGGUGCCCAUCCAUACUUUGGUCAUAUUUCUUUGGAGAAAUGGAGAUUGAAACAAUGUUUGGAGUUGGCAAAUGAAAGCUUUCAUUCAUCAGGGCGAGUCAUGUUAGUGAUCGGUGUUAUUGGCAGUAGAAUGAAUAACACCAUUCGAUGGUUGGGCCAUUCCGUAUCGUUUAAUGAUCAAGAAUUGUUCAAUAUCUCUCAGCUUGAGAAGACUUGGAACUCGUUAGGAUGGACCUUAACAGAGGAGAGUAAGGAAAAGGGGUGGACGUUGAGGCGAGACUGUGAAAGUAUGAAGCUUAUCCAUUUUGGAAGAGAUGAAGAAAUUCUAAACCCAUCUCUCGAAUAUAAGUAUUCUGAGAACUAUGAAACAAUUGUCGAUGAAUUCAUUAACUCUUCAGUUGAAAUUAUAUCCAAACUUGGAGCUUAUAAUAUUUCCAAAAUACUAAGCUUUUUGGAUAUUGAUACAAUCAAUAUGUGUUACAACUCUUGUCGAUUGCUGAGAAGGUUGUUGGAUUCAAGGGACUUUAUAAUGAGCCAUAUCCAAGAAAAAUGCGUCACUCUUCCAAAACGGUUUACAGAAUAUAACUUUGAAUUAAUAAGGGAAAAAACCAUCCCAGAGAUGAAAGAUAUUAUUUUUAAUUACAGUAGAAAGCUGUCCAUUAUCAAUAAUUUUAGUAUAACCUGGUUGAACGGCGCGUAUUGGAAGAGAGAGAAUCGAAGUGACAGCCCAUUUAAAACUGUGGCACAUCUCGCACAUGUUUGGUGGUUUGACAUUACAGGAAAGAUUACAUUGCUAAAAGGACACUAUGAAGUCUUUAUCAUGUACAAAAAUACAAGCUCUUACGGCCGUUAUCAUCGUAGUAGGUUCAACAUUCGAUGUCUUCUUAUUGAGGAUGAACAAGAAGAAAGAAAGGCAGAUUUUUCUAAUUUAUGCAGCUCUUUCGUAAUGGACGCUGCCCCCCUCAGUUCCAAGCUUCAUAAGUUGGGAGAAAUUAAAACAGAGACUGCAAGAGAAGAUUUUCGUUUCACAAUUUAUGAUCAUGAUUGCAGCACAAUCAAGCAAGAUAUGGAUUUUGAUUAUUUGGAGUUUGUAAGAAAAUAA